AACGAAGCCAUCGAUUGGACCAACUGCUCCUCCAUCCUCCAUCCUGCCCUGCCCGGGCUGUUCCUCGACGAGAAGUCGAAAAGUCUUGUCUGCUUUGAUAUGCGCUGUCUCUACCGUCUCUACCUUAAUUCGUACAUACAUACACAAAGUCACAGACUUCAUCACACACAUACAACGGGAUUGUCUGUCGAGCUGCUCCCUUUUGUUUUGCGUGCCUCACCUCACCUCAACUCACCUAUCAUCAUCCAACCAACGUCUACCUACACGGCCUGCAAAGUCGGCCUCUUCUCCGUCUUACCGACAUACAGCCUCGCCCUCGCCUCUAUCUCACACACAUCACUCUGACGUCUGGCUUCCAUUUGCGCUCCCGCUUGCAACCCCUCAGCUGUCAACAACAACCUUCACUUUCCAACUCUGCCACAUGCGCCCAUAGGAACGCAGCAGAUCAUUCAACCUUAAGCGGCAGCAUGCAUCUCACCUAAGUCAGUCCUUCCAACCUUGUUGCUCGUUACCUCACCCAAAGGAAAGAGAGAGGGGGGGACGCACCUGUACGACACCAACUCGUACCUGUCCACCGCUUACCCGCAGACUGGUCUCGUUACUGUUGCUGACUGAACCUUUUGCCUGUGUAGACAAUGUCUCCCAAACCUCCCGACGAGAAAGCAUCGCCGGAUGCUGCACCGGCGGCGGCAGCAGCAGCAGCAAUCACAAAACCCUCCACUCCCGCCGCCAAAGAAAGCAAUGCGCCGCCCACGACUCCCAAGGCCGUCCCUGCCCGCCCCCGCGCAGCAACCAUGAAGAAACCACCAGAACCCCCGACUCUGCUCGCCGACUUUCUCAGAGGACGCCCUUCUCCACAGCGUGUCGCCGCCGAACGCAAGCGAAGAAUGAGUCUGGAUGCUGUCAAGGCCGAGCUGAGAGCCGAAAUGCGGCAGGCCGCCGUCGCAAAAGUACAACAGCCCGGCGGCGUCAGGGAGCGCGUGAACAAAUGGCAAAAGACGAAUGCCGCAGCCAUGGCCUCGGCUGAUCCCCUGGCACCCCCCAGCGAGCCUACCGAGCUGGCCUUCCCGGGUGACACGGAGAGCGUCACCGAAGAGGACCGCGUUCGCAUCAAGUUGCGGCAGAAGAGAAUGUCGGCGCCGAAAAUGUCGACCCCAAAGAUCGAAGUACACAAUGACGGCCCGGCCGACGAAAAGGACGAGACCGUCGAGGACCUCCCCGGCGGAGACGCCAAGCUGGCACCCAAGAAGCGAGUCGUCAGCGACGACCAUUGGAUGGCGCAGAAGAGAAAGAAGAGCCCCACGAGAGCGAAAUCGCCGAGAACCAAAGACGCCAGCCCAAGUCCCACCCCAAGCCCUUUGCCAAAGGGGUUCGUGCAAAAGACACCCAUCCAAGCACCCAUCUCCAAAAAGAUCCAGGACUGGGUAGCAAAGGUGGAAAUGCCAGAUCCGCCACCGGUCAAGCAACACCGGGCUGCAAAAUCAACAGACUCGCUCGACGGCAGCAGGAUACAGGCAAGACUCAAGGAGCUUCAAGAGAGACAAGCCACGUUGCCAAAGAAGGCGAUGGACGACGACGGCAUCAGAGUUACGCCGAUACGAACGAAGAAGCUCGAUGAUGACGGAAUCCGCGUCAGGCCACUAAAGACACCAGCAUCGGAAGGGUCUGGCGUCAAGACACCGAGGCCACAAAGCACGGGCGCCAAAUCCCGCGAGCGUAGUCGCGGGGGCAGCGCGAGGCACGAGUCGGCGGACGAGAUCGUGGUGGUUGAAGAGGACGAGACCGCCAUCGAGGUCACAGAAGAUGCCGAGUCUAGUGUGCCGGCAACACCAACGCGGAAACCGUCAAAAGCUCGCAAAGUGAGCCACAAGAAGAAGGCGCCUCCACCGUCAGAUGACAAGUCCUGGGUCAGCACCUCGGAAUCAGCAGUCAAGACAGGGCUGGACAACUCGGAUCUUGCGCCAAGCUCGCUCACCAGCGCCCCGGGUGCGAAGCCCCUAGCAGACAUUCCCGUGGGAUUCUCUGCUUUCAGUGAGCUAGAUUUGCCUCUCAACAAGACGAGGCAAAAGGCACAGCGCAAUCCCAGCUUCAAGGCUGCCGAUGUGCUCAAGAAGGUGGUCACCGGCGGCAAGAAGAUCCUGCACGACGCCGUUGAGCCUCCAAGGCAGCCCGUCGCCAACCAGCCUCCCAGUAUUGAGAAAUGGCUCAACGGGACGGUCGAUCCCUUCGUCGACGAGCCAGCGAAGAAGGAGGAGUCACCCGCGCCGGCCCCCAAGAGGAAAGCGUCCGAGAGCAAGCCCGUCGAGAAGACAAAGACGCAAGACACCCGUAGACGGUCAUCGGCCGAACCCCGUCAGCGGAAGCCUUCCCUUCCGACUCAGACUGAGCUUUCGGAAUCCACUGGGCUCACCGAGUCCACCCAGACAACACAAACAACCGACAUGACUCAGACUACACAAUCAACGGAUUGGACAGAGUCAACCCUAUCUUCGACCGACCUGAGCGCGUCAACCGAGAAUGACGAAAAUGUGGCACCUAGGAAUGUCGAGGAAAAGCCCAAGGAAAAGCCAAAGACACCAACUUCUGCUGGCGCUGCUGGCCUUCGCCGGAGAGCAGCUACGAGAAGCUCGCCGUCGCCCGCCAAGUCAGUCAAGAAGCCGUUCCGCGAGAUCCUCAAGGAGGCCUUCAGGGGAGAGUCCACCGGCCACCAAACGCCGCCUUCCAAGUACAUUAGCGAAGAAGAGCGAAAGCUGGAGCUGGAUCAGGAAUAUGAUAGUCCCGGGGAAGAUGACGAAUCCAGGCGAACCAUGCGCCGCCGCUCGUCUGGAUCUAGCCGGACCUACUCUGAUCGAACAUUUACCGACGAUUGGACGUAUGAUGAUGAGUCCUCGGUGGCACCCCGCCGGAAGCCGCCAACGAACGGCGUACACGAGCUGUCCACGAUUCUCGGGUCUGCCGACACUCAUAGCACCUAUGAUUCGGACAUGACAUCGGUAUUGUCCGAAACCACCAUCACGCAGACUACUGGGCUUACGAGAAGCAACGUUUCGCGGCGGCGGAGCAAUAAAUCAGGUCUCAAGAGAAGGCUGACUAAACACUCUGAUCUCGUGUCAGUUCUGUCUUUGCCAGACGAAAGCCAGGUGCCAGGUAGCCUCCGGAGCAUCAAACCUAGGGCGAGCGUAAGAAAGGCUGCCAGCGUACGAAGAGCCAAUGCUCGUCCAGACACGGUUACAACAAAGGACCUCAUGAAGGAGUUCACAGAUGACGAGAACUUGUACCAGCGGGAGCUCAAGACACUGGUCGACGGCGUAGUCCCCGUCCUCCUCUCUACUGUUCUUCACGAGGGCUCGGCCAGUGCCGUCGAUCUCUUCGGCCCCGAAUCCCCUGGCCGCAAGGCAAACAGCAUGUCAAAAUCCGUCGUCAACAUGGGAGUUGCACUGGAAAAACUAAAGACUGCCCAUAAGAGGGCAUCUCAUACGGAUAUCGAUCGGCUCAUUUCCUGGCUGCACACCGCCUCUCCCAUAUACGAUAGCUACCUGGACGCGUGGCGCCUUGGAUUCCAAGAUCUCGUCGUCAACCUGGCUCCUGCUGCCGAUCGCCUCGACGACGAGGAUUCCCUCAUCGGCGCACUCCCGCGCAACGCCGAAGGCGACGUCGUUAACGAAGACGGAGAGAGAGUCGACGUUGCGCAUUUGUUAAAACGGCCAUUGCUUCGCAUCCGGACUCUUGCAAAGCUCACCAAGGGCCUUCAUGCCGCUGUCGGCUCGUACGAUACCCUUGCACUGGUUGGCGACUACGAUAUGUUGCAAGAGAAGGCCAAGCGUCGCCACAGGGAAGAGUCUGCGCGGCUGGCUGACGAGGACGCCAUCAACACCGACACGAGCAGAAUCCGUAAUCUCCGGACACUCGCACCGAUGGAAGCCGUCAAGAUCGACCCCAAGCGGCAGGUCAGCGCAAAGGACCUUUUCUCGCUCAGUCUCGCGCACUCCAAUGGACAGCGCCUCGAGUGCCAGGUCGAACUCAUCCACCGCGACCUCCCUGGCGCGAACAAUGACAAGGGCGACCUGCUCAUCCGUGAGACUGGCAGCGGCCGCCGUACAUGGCUCCUCUUCCCGCCCAUGCCCAUGACUGUGAUCUCAGCCCGCCGUGGUGACGCAAAAUUCGAGCUCGUUCUUAUGGUGUCGGGCUCCCACAACGGAAGGCACUGGUACGAGCUGCUGAGCCUCGUCACAGACAACAAUGACCAAGUGGAAGACUGGCUCGACAUCGUUGGCACGUCGCCCAUGCCACCAAAGGAGCGACUGCCGGUUGUCACUGAAGAGAGCCUCCCCGACUCACCGCAGCACCGUACCGAUAUCCCUGUGGGCGGCAAGUUGCACGGAUCAUCAUCGAGAGACUUGUCAUCUCCAGAGCCAUACGCGCCCAAGCGAUCGGUUUCUAGUCGCUACCACAACCGCGGCUCAAGCAUGCCGACCACUCCCAUCCGCCGCAGUCCCUCUCCAGACAGAACCCCUACACAAGACUCGUACGAUGAGGAGGACAGACACAGGGCUGCGCCCAACACGACCCCCUACCGCGCGGACGGCGCUCCUCCUCCUCCCAUCCACCGCUCUUUGAGCCCCAAGCCCCCCAAGCUGUCGCCACCUGUCGAUCUUGGCGGCUCCCGUGUGAAGCGUAGGGGAUCCUCACCUCUGAAGCACGAGUAUCUGCCUUCUGAAGAAUCAUCCGAUACGACUCGGUCCGUCACAGAGACCGACCUCUCAGAAAGCGAGACAGAGACAGAAUCCGACUACACGUCAUCCGAGUCCGAAGAUGACUUUGACGAUGACAUCCCCGAGACUGAGGUUGGCUUCAGCAUUAGAGAGCCCGAGCACCAGCCGCGCGAAGAACGGGAGCGCGAGAGAGAGGAGUUUAUCGACUCCUUCAAGCAAGAGUCCAUGAUUUCGCAGUCAUUCGUUCAAGAGUCCAUGGUCUCCGAGUCGGUGUGCAGCCUGACGCCGUCCAACUCGGCGUCGCAAGCCGGUCUUCACGGCCGUAAAAUGAGUGCCUCGGAGAACUACACCAAAUACAUUGCUUCCAUCUCGUACUGGAACGAGAAGAAGGGCCAGUGGAAGGACAUUUCCCUGGAGCCCUGCUCCAUUCAGGUGACAGCCGGUGUCAUUGAGGGCUACUCUCUAGUCAUGAGCCCCGGAGGAGAACCCGACAUCCCUCUUGUGUCUCUCGAGCUUACGCCUCUCGUCCUCCUCCGCCAGUCUACCGUUGUCGACCUGGAAAUCCGCUCAGCCGUCAAGGACAACUGCAAGAACAAGGAUAUCGGUGGAGGCAACUUCCGUUUCCGUUGCCCAUCGGCUACGGAAUGCUACAAUUUGUACAUGGCCGUUCACCAUGCCCGCCUCAACAACCAAAAGUUUAUCCAGCUCGAGAACGAGGCACGCUAUCAGUCAUUCGGCCAGAGACCCUCAGAAGAUACCGAGGACAACAGCAGUCGUCGUCGCAGCUGGUUCGGACGCAAAAACAGCUAUCGCGCAUCGACCCGCGCUCCAUCCCAAUCGCAAGAGGGAAGCACCCCCUCGUCGAGUCUGUCUGCCACGAGCUUCCUCAAGAGACUCACGCAAGGCAACGCUUUCAACAUUGCCCGCUCGUCUAUCGACAAGCAGGGCCAUUCCUCCAACAACAACAGCCUCUACGGAUCUGGCUCGUCAUCUGAUGGCUACCCCCGCUCACCAUCGAUCAGCAUGUACUCCAACUCUAUCCGCAGUCCUCUGUCAUCCGACAAUAUCAAGAUUCGCCUACACCUGCUUGUCAGCUCCAACAAGUGGGAGGACUACGGCAACUGCAUCAUCCAGAUUCGCCGCCCGCCGCCGGGCUGGCACCAAGACCUACGCGCAAACCACGGCCUCGAAAAGCGCGUCACGGUUACAACCAUGCCCAAGAAAUCAGACAAGGCGCGCAUCAUCCUCGAUGCCGUGCUGGGCAGCGGCUGCUUCACUCCUAUGGGCAGUCGAGGCAUCAUCUGCGGUAUCUGGGAGGAGAUCCGCGAUGAGAGGGGCGAGAUCGGCGUGGCGCCCAAGACGGGUGGCGCCGCCGGCUCGGUCAAGAAGUGGUGUUUCCAGUGUUCCAGCGCCUCGGAGGCCUCGUGGGUGUUGAGGCUCGUCCACCAGGAGGUCGGCGUGGAACUUCGAGACUGAUUUCGUCUCUCUUCUUUUUUUCCUGUUUUGUCUAUACCAUCAUUCUCUUUUUCCUUUUCUCUUUUCUCUGUCUUAUUAUGAUUCCCCCCACACGAGCGAAUGGCUCGCAUUUCGUGCAUUGCUAGAACCUGGCUUUAGGCGUCUGGCUAUUAGGGCGGCAUAGCGUGUUUGGAAUUACUUUGGAAGGUGUUUUCGGCCGAGG